CGGAAGAACCCGCUUCUAAAAGGCUGGUGGUAAUCACUCCGUGCCCGCCCCGUGAUAUGAAACCAUUUUUUCCCAAUUCUAACGAGCAGAACCCCCAAUUUCUCCCAAUUCGUACGCACAACCAGAUCGCUCUUCUUUAACCCUCCUUUCGUCUCCGGACUAAUCGAGAAACUGAGUCUACAAUUCGACUCGCCGCUUCCAACUCAGCCAUGUCGGUCCGCUUCAAAUUCAGAAGCUCGCCUAACUACGACUCGGUCGACAUUGGGGACCGGCCUUCAAUUUCAGUUCGUGAUCUCAAAUCCAGAAUCGUCCAAAACAAGAAACUCAAUCUUUGUCAAGAUUUCGAUCUCCUCUUCUCUGAUCCUAUCUCCGGUCAAGAAUACGUGGAUGACGAUUUUCAAAUUCCUCGUGGUUCGAGUGUGAUCAUAAAAAGAGUUCCUGCGGGGGAACGUGCUGGCUCACUUGAAAAUUUUGCAACCAGAGACGCCAAUAUUAGCAAAACCUCUCAUCCAGAGAAUGUGGAAACUGUUAACUUUGAUGACUUUGGGGCAGAAUUAUGCCCUGUACCUGAGGCAAACUUAUCUGGCAUUGGUCUUGAUAUUGAGAACAAAUUUUGUGUUGGUGAUGAGGAGAUAAAUAUCAAAUUAAAAAGGUGCACUGAGCAACCUGUGGUAGAAUGUCAUAAAUUUGAAGUGAGUGACAUUAGUGAGGCCAUCCCACAAGGUCAGAAAGAGUCAGAGACAAAAUCUAAACCUGACAUUGAACUGAAUACUAAACAGUCUGAUUUUCGAGCAAUGCAAACUGCUGAUUUUCCGUCAGAGCUGAAAUGCUCUCUUUGUGACACAUUCUUUAAGGAGGCUGUUAUGAUACCCUGCUGCCAGCACAGUUUCUGCGAGAAAUGCAUCUGUCAUGUGCUGGUUGAGAAGGCAAGGUGUCCCAAAUGCUUUUCUACCAAAUGCAAAGUGGAAGAUUUGUUACCCAAUGUGUCACUGAGGCAAGCAAUUGAGCGUUUCCUGAAGUCCCAAAUUCUAGUUAAUGGUUCGGAAAAUGCUUUGCAUCGAGAUGCUCCAGAUAGAGAGUCAGGAAUUCAAGUGAAUGAUGUUUCUCGUGUUGUCCCUGUCCUUCAAAGAGGAGCAGAGCUGCGUCCUUCUCCCUCUGCAACAGGGAGGGGAUCCAAUCAAUAUCCUGCAGAAUCGCGACUCCCUGUAGGCCUGGAAGGUUUUGCUGAUUUUCAGGGGGAAAACCAGCCCAUUAACGAGGAAGCUGAAUCGAAUGUCAAGAGGAAGAAGGUGUUGGGGGUUAUCACUCCAGAUGCAGAGAAGGGUUAUGUGGAGACUGGAAGACUCAAAAAGGGGGACCGUGUCUGCUACAUGUGUGGUUCUCCUGGUCAUUUGAGGAGAUAUUGCCCAGCUGUCUCCAGUCCACAUCCUAUGCUUCAAAGAGGAAAUGGUAUGUUUCCAGGAGCCAUGCCUGGUUAUGCAUCACCAUACUGGAAUGGACCUCCGUUUCCCAAUAUCAGGCCAUUUGCAAACCCAUAUGGCUACUCUGGUAUGAUGCCUUUCAAUCCAACAGUGGUUCCUGCUUCACCUUUUCAUGUUCCUACAUACAUGCCGUCUAUGUUUGGUGGGCUACCUGCCUUCCGGGGAUUUACAAGGAUCGGAGGCAUAGCACCUGCAGUGAAAAAUAAUGUAGAACACCGACUAUUUCAUUUCGAGUUGGAUGUUCAAGAUUAUGAUAAGGGACCCCAGGAUGCCAUGAGAAAACACUUUUAUGAUGAGGAUGAUGUUAAAAGACGUCAGUGUGAUGAGGCACAAAGACCGCGUGAUAAAAACUUUUAUCCUGAGAGCGAAAGGAGUGCAAGCUACUCUGAAGACAGCUUUACAAAAAGGUCACUUAUGAAACGUAGGCAUCCACAUACCAUUGAUGAUGAUGCUUAUUCUGAUGACGAAAGACAUGAGAAAAGUUCUCACGUUGCUGGUCAAAAUUGGAGGCCUUAUCAUCACUCAGAGAGGUCAAGGUCAGAAGUAGAUGAUUUGCCUAGUAGCUCCAGUUGGCAUAGUGAGGAGAGACAUAAACGUGGUCAUAGGAGCUCCAAAAAGCAUAAUGACUGCAGAGAGCAGUGUGACAGUGAUUCUAGUUGGAGCCAUCAUCCAACCAAUAAAGAGAAAGAAGCAAAAAGGACAGUUAAGCGUGAUGCUGAGAGACAGCACCAGAAACAUUACAGUCACUCUGAAUCUAGUUUGGAGCCAAACCAUUCCACUGACCAGAAAACGAAAAGAAGGGAGAAAGGUUCUAGCCAAAGUUGCAGGCAUUCUGGGUACAAAACAAAAACAACACGACGCGACAAUUUGAGUCAUGAUAGGUGGCAGAUGGCCAGCAGGUCAGAGGAAGACAAUCGAGAGGACUAUCACCAUUAUAAAAGGAAAAGGGUAUACUAAACAAGCAACAGAUCUGAUUUUUGAGAUCUAGUUGAGUGGUCGGCUUUUGGACAGUAGCUUCAUGGAUUUUUUUUAAAAUAUCUUCUACUAACCAUGUUUGCAUUUCUAGCUUGUGCUGUGGAGGCAAGCGACAGGAAAGAGGAGCAUUGCGUAAGUUAAAUUUUAGGUUCGGAUACUUUAAUGCUUUGCCCAAAUUUCUUUCAGAAAUUGAUGAAGCUGAUGAAGGUAUGUUUCUUUUCCUAGAAAAAUGAAAAUAUGAAAAUGAGGGGGAAAAAAAAGACACGAGACCCCUGAUGGCUGGUUAAUAUUUCUUCACCAAGUUGCGUCUGUGCACUAUGCACUUUAUAUAGCAACUUCGUAAAUGCUAUAAUCCGGCUACCAAAGGAGCUGAUUGAGUUUUUCUAUUUUUUGCACGAAUGAGUGGGCCGUAUAAUCCGUUUUAGGUUGUCCAUGGGCCCAUGUGAUUUCUUUGUCAGAUUUAAUGCACGUAGUCGAAUUUUUUCUUGAAAAGAAAAAGAGUUUUGGGCGCGAUGACUAAAAUAUUGGUUCUUUUCGCGUUCAAGGUCUGAUUUUUUGCAAGCUUUACUCCUUAAAUUAUUUUCAUAUUUUUCUAUAAAAGCAGAAGUGAAAUACGAAGUAAUAUAUUUGAUUUUGACUAAUUGUUUUAAAUGCAGAUAUCAUAUUUUAUGCU